AUGACCCUCUUCCGAGCCUGCCUCGAUCUCCACGCCGGCCAAGUCAAGCAGAUCGUCGGGGGCUCAUUGGACCUGCGCGAACCGGACAAGCUCAAGACCAACUUCGAAUCAUCACAGCCGAUCGAAUAUUACACCGACCUGUACAGAAAACACCAGCUCACGGGCACCCAUCUGAUCAAACUAGGCCCAGCAAACGACGAGGUUGCCCGGCGAGCACUAGAAUCAUGGCCGGGCCAGAUCCAGGUCGGCGGAGGGAUCAACCUGGAAAACGCACAGCAGUGGAUCGACGCCGGCGCAUCAAAGGUCAUCGUCACUUCUUACCUAUUCCCAGACCAGAAACUGGACGCCGAUAGGCUCCGGAAGCUGACCGAACGGAUCGGCAAAAACCAACUGGUCAUCGACUUGAGCUGCAAACGCGUAGGCCCGUCUUGGAUGGUGGCCAUGAACCAAUGGACGACUCUCACGGACACCCAAGUCAAUCAAGAGACACUAGACGAGCUGAGCGAGUCGUGUUCGGAGUUCCUAGUCCAUGCGGCAGAUUACGAAGGCUUGUGUCAAGGCAUCGACACCGAACUCAUCCAACGUCUUGGUGAGUGGGCAAACAUCCCGGUCACCUAUGCCGGCGGCGCCAAGGCCGCCUCCGACCUUGCACUGGUGGACUCGCUCUCGAACGGAAGGGUCGACCUGACCUUCGGCAGCUCGUUGGAUAUCUUCGGCGGGAAAUUGGUCGCGUUCGACGACCUUGUCAAGUGGAAUCAUCUGCAAAAGACAAAAAUAACAACGGCGACCUAA